UCAUGGUAUGUUUAUCAGUCUAUCAUUAAGGGCUUUAAAUGUUGUUUUUUUAUUAAAAUUGGGUACUUCAGAAUUAAAAUAACAAUAAAAGGCUUAAUUGUUAUUCAUCCUGAAGUACCCAAUAUCAUUAUAUAAAUAUAAAUGAUAGUUGGCAAAUACCAAUAAAAGUCCCGUGGAAUCAUUUAGAUCAUAUAAAAGAAAAACAUUUGGCUAUGUUAGGAAAAGAACAUCCCGCUCGAAAAGAGCACUGAACCUUAUAGAAUUUAGAAUGUGGAUGCUCAUCUUCUAGGACAUCAAGUCUUUGAAGUAGACCUUCUGCUACUGACUAAUGUCACUAUUUAUACAGUAAUUUAUGUGCGUCUACAUAUUCAAGUGCAUUAGAUUCUCAUUACCCAAAACAGAGGGACUCAGAAUAACAAAAAAGAUAAUUAAAAAACUAUUAUUGAAACUGAGUAAUUAUUUUCUUGAUUAGUCUUCCGUUAUUUUGCGAUUGGAAUUUAUGGAUUUUAAGCACUUAAUCCAUAAUAAUAUGCACUAUGAUUCAUAAUGAAUGCAGCUAUUUUUGUUUUGGUUGUCACCCUGUCUUUUAGCAAAUCAACCGUCCUAGACUUCGGUAAUGAAUUCCCCGACAUAAGCGAGAUCUUCAUCAUGACCGAAAAUAAAAGACAUAUCAUCGACAACAUACCUAACGUUUUCAUUAGAAACACAACUGUGGACCUAGAGAGAUUGAAUGUGACAAAUUUCUGGGAAAAACUAUACCAAUACCAAGAUAAAUUGAAGGAAAAAUUACCGAACAUUCUCGAAGAAUUUGAGCUCCCGAAUCCUAAACACUUUAACGAGACUAGACGACAAGUUUUAAAAUGGGACUGGUACCACACUCCUGAGUUCAAAGAAGGGUCUAUUAUUAUAACAAGAUUGAAGACUUUGGACUUAAUGCUACAACUGAUAUAUAUGGCUAGACACAAACUAAAACAAAUGGAGGGGAGUAAGUACUUUCAAAGGACCGACACUGGAUACCGAAUUGCCUUCUUGUACAGGAAAUUGAGAAAAAUCUUCAGAAAAAUGAUGGAUAUUUACACGAUUAUGGUGAAGAAUAAAGAGAAGUGGACACAUCAGGAUUGGCAUUUGCAGCUGCAUACGAAAGCUACUAAGCUACACGUCGACUUUUUAUACCUGUGGUGGGUUUUGGUGAGAGUCGAUGAGAAGUACAGUAUCAGAAUGGGAUUCAGGCCCACUGUGCCGUCUUGGAUGAAGCUCACUAAGCCGUAAAUAUGACGUUUUGAAAAUAAAUAAAAAUGUUUGUAUUUUUUAAUUGUUACAACAAUAAAAAAAAAUUAUUUGUAAUCCAAAAA